AUGGACGAGGAACAUCUUCACGACGACUUGCGCGUUUUCAGAGGCAGAAACUUCUUCCAGGAGAUGCCGCGAUCGGAUUUCGCCGUUUACUCGCUGCUGGCCCUCUCCUUCCUGCUCACCAUCACCCUCUUCGCCGUGUCGCUCUCCAGAGUUUCAGCCCUUUCGUCUAAAUUCCACGAGGAGCACCUGGAUCGGAGACAGAACUUUUCCGGCAGCGAUUUGCUCCUGUUUCCCUGCGGUGCCAAAUCCCGGGAAUGGGAAUAUUUCGACGGGAAAUGCUACUACUUCUCCCUCAGCAAAAUGAACUGGUUCAAGGCGAAGGAGCAGUGCGAGGAGAUGCGCGCGCACCUCGCCGUCAUCGACAGCUAUGCCGAGCAGAAUUUUAUCACGUUCAGGACGAGGAACGAGCGGUUCUGGAUCGGGCUGACGGAUCAGAAUUCCGAAGGGGAGUGGGAAUGGAUCGACGGCACCGAUUACAGACACGUCUGGGUCUCCGGGAAGUGGAACGACGUCCACUGCACCUUCGAGUGCUAUUACGUCUGCGAAAAGCCUCUGCCCCGCUGA